UCCCCGCCACACAAGACACGCCACUGUCUCACUGUUGCUGUGUGGUAGUUAGCAGACCAGGACUUAGCCAUCUAAUACUGUCUCAUUUGCUUCUUUCUCCUUGUUCAGCUUGCUAUGCAUCUCAACGAGCUUGAUCAGGAGUGUUUGCUACAUCUUUUAUCUUACCUAGAUAAGGACAGUCGCCGCAGCCUGUCUCGGACAUGCUUAAGGUUACGACAGGUCUUCCUGGACCCACAGUUGUGGAUGCUACUCCACUUCAGGUCUCCUUGUGAGCUAAGGAGGGAUAACUUUGUUUUGGGCCCUUCACUGAGGUACCUGUCCAUAUGCUGGCACUCUAGCAGAGUCAAAGUGUGCAACAUUGAGGACUGGAUGAAGACCACAUUCCAGAGGGACCUUUGCAGCAAGCACGAAAGCAUCGUCAGUGACUUCCUGGAGAGUGUGUGCCACAUGUGUCCAAAUCUACUCACCCUCACUCUGUCUGGAUGCGGCCACAUAACGGACCACAAUGUCAUCAACGUGCUGCAGAGCUGCAGGGGUCUACACAGUCUCAGUCUAGAAAACUGCGCUCGAGUGACAGACUCCAUCCUACAGGCUGUGUUGGACCAUGGUCACAAUCUCACAGAGGUGAGGGUGGACUUCUGCCGCAACGUGACCCAGGCAGGGCUUCAGAAUAUCAGGGUGAAACGGCCAGAGGUGAACCUGAGCGCACUACACAGUGCGGAAAUGAUUCCAGACAGCAAGCCAGAGAAGAAGACGCAGAUCAGGAGAGCUCUGCAGAAGUUCCUGAACUUCUCCUGAGAACCUGAGGAAAGAAGUUUACACAGACCUAAAGACCUCACUUCAAGUUUAGAUUCACAACAUUUGGUCUAUUCUUCUUUUAAAUGUUUCAUUGUUUAACUUUUUCAAUUACAUUACACUUGUGGGGUUUCUUUUGUAAUUCCUUAUUUGAUUAAUUCUAAUGUUUUCAUGCUUAAAACACAGUAUGGUGUGAUGAUCCUUAAAAGUGAAGUGUGCAAUUUCUGUACCAAACAGCCUUCAAAUGAUGACUGUUGUCAAACAGGUUUCCUGAACACUCCCCCAUCUACCAUUGGUCAGACAAACAAAUAGCUCCAACCCAAACUCAUGCCAUUGGUUGAGCCAAUGUCGGGUUGUUGGAUAUGCUCAAACAAACCGAGCAAAGUUUUCAUAGCACCACAGAGCCACACUAAAAAAAACAUGUGUUUUCACAUUUCAGGGAAAUCAACAUAAAAAUGGGUUACUUUUAAUUGUGUCUGCAUAUUAAACUGGGAUAGGAGAAAAUAUUUUAACACGUAAAAAACCCACAUCACCUUUGAAGAUAGGAUUCUUCAGAAUGUCAUCAUCUCCAAAGUUUUCAUUCCAAUGGCACAGCAGUGUUCCACUUUUAUAUACAGUCUUCCAACUUUUGAAUCUUUUGAUUUAUCAGUAUACUCAUACCUGAAAAUGAUUCCUGAGCAAAUCAGCAUUACUCAUUGUUUGUUUCUUUACUGUCAUGAGUUGUUUUCCAUUUGUUUGUUUCUUUGUUUGACUCCAUGUGAUGACUCUUCAGUCAAGUAAACAGUACAAAGGCCAAUUAAGUAUUUAAUAUGGAGGGCAAUGGCCCAAUCUAAUCGUUUCAAACCAAAUCCUACAUUUUGAUAAUAAAACAUUUGUGGACCCUGUGUAUUUAUUAAAACCUCAGCUUGUUUUGGUUGCAUAAUCUGAGGUUAGCUCUGGAACUACUCAAAGUUGAUUUGGUUAUUCACAUUGUGGGUAUUGGACAUCUUCCCAGUUACGCAAGAAGAAUAUUUGGUCCAUCACAGGUUUACAGCCUCCCUGGAUGACUAUAUUCAAGCAAUAUGGUACAAGAUGCCAUGCCAUAUUUUCAAAAUAGACACAGUGAAAGGACCUUGUUAGGGACGUUGUUAGGCAUUCAUUAAUUCUUUAUUAUCUUGACUUUUAUUAUAAAAUGGACAGUUUUAGUCCCGGUUUUACACAAUACACAAUUUAAUAAGAGUUGAUGUGGCUAUAUUUCUCAUAUGUUCUUUUCAUCUGACGGCAUUCCUCAUUAAGGUGUCUUUGAUUAUGUGAAGUAAUUGUUUUGACAUUUAGUUUGUCAUUUUUUGAAAUUGAAAGAUAGAAUUAAUAACCUUAGUUUAUAUAUGUGGGUCAAUUUUAUUUUUCAUUUUACAUUUAUCUAUGCAAGUAAAUCCAUAUAGGUAAUAAAUAUCAUGUUCAUGCUCAGAUUUAAAUUUUAUAAUUAAACAGUGAGGUGUCAUGUAGCAGAUGCUUCUCGAAAGCAAUUUACAGCAUUUAUUUCAGUAUCAGUCUGUCUGGAGCAACAUGAGAUUAGUACACACACACAAUAUUGAUUAUCGUUACAAUAAAUUUUUUUAAUGACAAAAUAAGUAUUAUAAAGAAAAUGCAUCUAAUUAUUUUAUUUUUGACACAUAUAUGCAUUCUGGAGGGAAAGUUAGCUAUUUUUAUUAAAAUAAUUUACAUUUAAACUUUUAAUUUAGAAUUAAAUGAUAUAUAACGGCCUCUUGUACCUUAGUAAUUAAUUAUAAAAUGGAUGGUUCCGACUCUAAUUUGGAUGAACUCUGAUGGUAUGAGCUAAUAAAUGCACAAAUGAGACCACA